AUGCCUGUUGUCCCGCUCUCGUCUUUGCAGGACAGCGACAUUCAGAAGAAGAUUGAUCAUGAGAUCCGAAUGCGCGAUGGAGCCUGCAAGCUGCUGGCUGCCUGCUCCCAAAAAGACCAGGCUUUGGAAGCGGCAAAGAGUCUACAGACAUGCAGCACUCGUAUCAUGGCCUACAUGUCAGAACUGCAGAGGAUGAAGGAGGCUCAGGUCAUGCAGAAAGUCACACGCAGAUCAUCAGAUGCAGGGCCGAUGGACGACAGGCUCCCAUGUAAAGGAAAAGUCGCCAUCUCAGAUCUUCGGAUCCCUCUCAUGUGGAAAGACACGGAGUACUUCAAGAACAAAGGAGGUGAGAAGUCACGUGUGUGUGUGUGUGUGUGUGUGUGAAGAAAGUCAUUGAUGACUUAUGAAUGAUUUAUACUUCCAGUAUUUAUUAAUAAUACGCUUCUGUGGAAGGUAGCCCUCGGUUGCUUCCGCGGUUGUAUCUGAAAUCUUUGAAAUAACGGGGCGGGGAGAUGUGAGAUUCAUUGAGACUCUAGAAUGAAAAUGACCUUUUAUUUCUCGCUUCCGGGUGAAAACGCUUACAUGGACGGAUUGCGGUGUGACAUUUUCUCUGCUCUGUACCCAUUUUUACACCCCAGACUCCAGACAGUGUGGCAAAAAUCCAUCUGUACAAAGUUGCCCUUUCUCACAUCCAGCACACAACAGGAGGCUCUGUGUCAGAUGAAUUCUCAGCACUAGAAAUAUGCUAUUUGCUGCUUUACUCAGUGGGUUGGGUAUGGACCACACACUCACUCACUGUGAUUUCUCUAAUCAGUGAUCUACCCAGUUCUCACAUGGGCUCAAUCAGACAUUAAUUACUAGACUACUUACUGGGGGAGUUCACACAGUGAGGGCUGUUUAAUUUCCAAUUCAACUGAUUCAUUUAAUAUUGCUUAGAAACAUUCAGGGCUGCAAUGCAUGUGCGAAAACAACUUUAGUCGCAGCUGUUAGAGAUGAUCUUCACAGUCAUUGGGAGCUUUUUUGUUUUUUUGGCUUUAUCUCUCUAUUUUACUCCUGGAAGCACAACUUGACCCACUGUCCUGUCUGGAUUGCUUUGCCUCCUGGCUAUUACAAAGA